CGUUGUGUGUUGGAUAGAAAGUCAGCCUGGUUUCCAGCUGAGUGCUUGCUCUCUCACAGCGUGUGUGUGUGUGUGUGUGUUGUCAUUAUUAUCCACUCUGCUCCCAGCUCAGAAUGGCCAGAUUCACUCAGACUGAAACAAGAAGGCAGCACCAUCCACAGCAGUCCCAGCCCGCUCACUCCAGCCUGGUUUUCACCGGACCGGGGGACCCACCGACCCACCAACCAUUCCUACUUCUCCCACAUCAGCACCAGUACUCUCAGAUCACAUUCCCCAAACCCAUGAACGGGUCAGAACCCAUUUCAAUUCAUCCGGAGAACGGCAACAUGAAAGACCAAGAUGCCAUUAAGCUGUUUAUCGGGCAGAUACCGAGGAACUUGGAGGAAAAAGACCUGAAACCUCUGUUUGAACAGUUUGGGAAAAUCCACGAACUGACAGUUCUCAAGGACCGAUACACCGGCAUGCACAAAGGUUGUGCAUUCCUCACCUACUGCGCCCGUGAGUCAGCCAUUAAGGCCCAAAACGCCCUCCAUGAACAGAAGACACUGCCAGGGAUGACCCGCCCAAUCCAGGUGAAACCUGCCGACAGUGAGAGUCGUGGAGAAGACAGGAAGUUGUUUGUUGGGAUGCUGAAUAAACAGCAGACCGAGGAGGAUGUCUAUCGUCUCUUUGAGCCCUACGGAGUCAUCGAAGAGUGCACAGUCCUAAGAGGUCCUGACGGAAACAGCAAAGGUUGCGCCUUCGUCAAGUUCUCUACACACACUGAGGCUCAGUCUGCAAUUGGGGCCCUGCAUGGCAGCCAGACCAUGCCAGGUGCUUCCUCCAGCUUGGUGGUCAAGUUUGCGGACACAGACAAGGAGCGCACCAUCAGACGUAUGCAGCAGAUGGUAGGGCAGUUUGGCAUCUUUAAUCCAGCCAUCGCCCUUCCUUUCAGCACCUACAGCUCCUACGCACAUGCGCUCAUGCAGCAGCAGGCAGCCAUCAUGGCAGCAACCCACGGCGGUUAUCUUACGCCUAGCGUGGCCUUCCCUGCCACACAGAUCCACCAGAUGGGGGCGCUCAACAUCAACAGCCUCCCACCAACUCCCAUGACCCCGGUGUCGGGUGAGUUUCAUCAAACCCUUGCAGGCCUUAGCUCUCCGCCAGCCAACAUCACCACGUCCGCCGUGCCCAGCAUCGUCACACCCAUCGUCAACGGAUUCACCGGCAUCCCUCAUCAGCCAAACGGGCACCCUGCAGUGGAGACGGUGUACACCAAUGGCCUGCCGCCCUACUCUACCCAGAGCCCCACCGCCGCCGACACCCUGCAGCAAGCCUUCACCGGUGUACAGCAAUACACAGCAAUCUACCCAGCCACCACGCUGACUCCCAUCGGCCAAACACUGCCCCAGCCGCCGCAGGUCAUCCAGCAGCAGCAGCAGAGAGAAGGUGAGGGUCCAGAGGGAUGUAAUCUCUUCAUCUACCACCUGCCCCAGGAGUUUGGAGACAAUGAGCUCAUGCAGAUGUUUCUGCCCUUUGGUACAGUCAUCUCUUCUAAGGUCUUCAUGGACCGGGCAACUAACCAGAGCAAGUGCUUCGGUUUUGUCAGCUUUGACAACCCCGCUAGUGCACAGGCAGCUAUUCAGGCCAUGAACGGCUUUCAAAUCGGGAUGAAGAGGUUGAAAGUUCAGCUAAAGAGACCGAAGGAUGCCAGCCGCCCUUACUGACACAGCCUACCUUCAGUAUUUACUGCAGCAGCACAGAGUUUAUAGGACACACUUGAAGAUAUCUUGGAGGAGGUCAGCUUUUUUUCUUUGAGAGCAAACAUAGGUUUUAAAAAAAUCAACACGUGAGGAGAUUUUGGGAGACAUAUCAACACUCUUAUCAACACAUGAGGAUACAGAUUAGAGCAGAAAGAGGAGUUCUGGAAAAAUGAAAGGAAAAGAAUGGCGCUUUCUACGGGGGACAUAACAGCUACAGAUGGCACCGAAGAAGGAAAACCUGGAAAAGAGACACGAUGGGACUGAACAACAGAACUUUUUUCUUGUUAAGACUUGAAUUGUUAAGUAAGCAACAAACAAAAAAGCAGCAACAACAAAUAGAUUUCUAUAUACAUAUUAUAUACACACAUAUAUAUAUAUAAAUAUAUAUAUAUAAGGAACAAAGUGGCGCUUGUGGCUUUUACUGGACAAAUGAGGGUUAAAACUUGAAGAUAAAAAAAAACAGUGGAGUGAAGAAGCUAUUCUAUACGUCCACUGACAGACUUUCUUUCUCCUUCCCUCUUUCUCUUAUUCUCUCACCAUCUCUCAGCAAGCGCAGAACUUUGACUUUUGGAGGUCAAUGAUGUUUCCAAUAGCAAAAGUAGAACUGCAACUCUUUCACCCCUAAGGGACCAAAGGACCAAACAUUUUUAUUGUUCUAAACAGCGAUAUAUAUAGUAUUAAUGAUACUAAUACUACAAACUGCUACUAAUAAUAUCACAAGUUAAACUUAAGAAGAAUUACUAGCUUCAGGUUGGU